UACAGUAAAUACAAGUUUUGAGUACUGUUGCACGGCUGCUGUCAAGUGCAGAGUUGCUUUGAUACGUUUUAAAUAAUUUGUGUCUGUGCAAAAUGGGUCGCAAGGUUACAUUAGCGACUUGCUCCUUGAAUCAGUGGGCACUUGAUUUUGAAGGCAACUUGACAAGAAUACUUAAAAGCAUUGAGAUAGCCAAACAGAGAGGAGCUAAGUACAGACUGGGACCAGAGCUAGAAAUCUGUGGGUACGGCUGUGCAGAUCAUUUCUACGAGUCCGACACCCUGCUCCAUUGUUUCCAGGUUCUGAAGUCGCUCUUGGAAUCUCCUUUGACACAAGACAUCAUCUGUGAUGUGGGAAUGCCUGUUAUGCAUCACAAUGUUCGAUACAACUGUAGAGUCAUUUUCUUGAACAAAAAGAUACUGUUAAUUCGUCCUAAAAUGCUUUUGGCUAAUUAUGGCAACAACAGGGAAUUUCGAUGGUUUUCACCUUGGAGUCGACCCAGACAUGUUGAGGAGUACUUUUUACCCAGAAUGAUCCAAGAUGUGACAGGGCAGACCACAGUGGCGUUUGGAGAUGGGGUGCUGUCCACCAAGGACACCUGCAUAGGGAGUGAGAUUUGUGCUGAGCUGUGGAACCCCAGGAGUCCACAUGUUGACAUGGGUUUAGAUGGUAUUGAGAUCUUUACCAAUUCCUCUGCAAGCUACCAUGAGCUACGUAAGGCUGACCACAGGGUGAACUUGGUCAAAUCUGCCACCACUAAGAGUGGAGGGAUCUAUCUAUUUGCCAAUCAGAAGGGUUGUGAUGGAGACCGUCUGUACUACGACGGGUGUGCUAUGAUUGCCAUCAAUGGAGAUAUUGUUGCCAGAGGAGCGCAGUUCUCACUCAAGGAUGUAGAGGUUGUCACAGCCACUCUUGAUCUGGAAGAUGUUCGGAGCUAUCGAGGAGAGAGGUGUCACCCACACAUGGAAUAUGAGCACAAACCUUAUCAGAGGAUCCAAUUAUUACAUGUUUAUUUUGGGUGUUAUUUCAGUCUUGGUCCUGCCUGUUGGUUAUGGGACUACUUAAGGAGGAGUGGACAGGCUGGCUUCCUUCUUCCCCUUAGCGGUGGUGUGGAUAGUUCAUCCACUGCCUGUAUUGUGUACUCCAUGUGUGUGCAAAUCUGCCGAGCUGUCAAAGAUGGCA